GUCAGACAGACUCGGGGCUCAUGGCCCUGAUUGUGGAGCUGAACCACCUGACCUUCAUCUUCUACCCCAGGCUGCAGGUGAGGAGGAGAGGCCCAAGCUUCCCCUGGAGACCUGUGCCUGUGGCAGGUUGCCUGGGGAGAUGACCCUUUCAAGCUUGUCCCCUGGCUGUGGGUCAGCCCUCCUGACCACCCCAUCUUGUCCACAGGCCUACAGGCCGUACAACUCCUCCCUGCCAGGGGAGAGCUGUCUAGACCUCCAGCUGCCUCUUGCCAUGAAAAGGAGGGACAUCCCCAGGAUUGAGCAGGCCAGUGAGGACGGGGUCUCCAUCUCCUGUGAUGUGCCCACCAGCCUCUGCAGCCUGACUCUGGGCCUCUGGCACCACGGCAUAUCCGCUGGCCUUCUGAGCACCACCGACAAUGAAGCAGGCAAUGAUCUGAUGUUGCUGGAUGGCUCUGUGGCCCACAUCCUGGAGGAGCUCAGCCUAGCCUGGCAGUUGAGCAGGUGCGCCUGCCCUUCCUCCCUCUGGCUGAGGCUCUUCAGGGCUGCUCGCUGCAGAGACGAAGGAGAGGCAGGUGGCCUGCUGGCUCUGCAGAGGUCUUUGCAGGCCCAGGGUUGGGGGGAGUCUCCUGCUGAGACCAAUGCAUGUGGGGGAGCCACAUGGUCCAGCGGGGGGCCUGAGUCUUGUACCUGUCCUGCCAGGUGGAUGGUGACUGUAGGGCCACCGAGAAGACUCAGCAGGCCUGCCCAGGACAGAGCCCCGCCUGCCUGGCCUUCCAGGACCCCUACUCCAGCUUGAGGAACUGCUUCUGGGUGGUGAGUGUGAGCCUGGGCCCUGGGGCACAGAAAGCCCUUUCCCCAAUCUACCCUGGGGAGUGGCAUGGAGGGGAGGCCUAGGCUAGAGACAGUGACUGGGUGGCCCUGAUUUCAGGUGGAGCCUGCAUCAUUCCUUGGCCUGUGUGUGCAGGAGCCCUGUGGCAUCUGGGAACUCCAGCGUGCCUGCACUCUGGCGGCUGCCUACAUCCACCUGUGUGCCCACAGCUUCGUGUCCCGGGCCCCUCUUCCACAGUGCAGUAAGCCGCCGCAGCUGGCUGCCACUCUGCCCCAUCUGGCAUCUGCCUUCCAGCCAGAGGGAAAACCUGUCUCUCUCUCGUCAGAGAGAACAAAUAAUUGUCAUUCAAGGAGCUAAGAG